AUGUCUCACGAAGACAGAUUUCCUGUUCUAACCCAAACCCCAUCUUUUGAAGGAGAUGGAAUUUAUGCUCAAAGAGGGAAGACAGCGGAGGAGCCGGAGGCCGUGCUGCCUCUUCCUCCGCUCGCUGCUGCUGGUGGCAAAGGACUCCUGGAGGGCUCCCCAGAAACAGCCACUCCGGAGCCCCCUUCUUCCGCUGCUCUCCUGCUGGGGACGGAAGAGCCUCCUGGCAACACCAAGAAGAAAAUUGACAUCCUGCUGAAGGCUGUGGGAGAUACCCCUAUUAUGAAAACCAAGAAAUGGGCUGUAGAGCGAACAAGAAGCAUCCAAGGACUCAUUGGUUUCAUCAAAAAGUUCCUUAAGCUUACGGCCUCAGAACAGUUGUUUAUUUAUGUGAACCAGUCCUUUGCCCCUUCCCCAGACCAAGAAGUUGGAACUCUGUGUGAGUGUUUCAGCAGUGAUGGCAUUACUGCAAGUCACAGGUGUGGGGAUGAACCACAGAGAGAAACAGCUUACUACAUAAAAGGAGGAAACGGCUCUGUGGCCUGCCCAGCACGCCUCUCCUGUGACCCUAAUUUAAGCAUAAAAACGGCCAUAGAUUGGACGGACUCAGGAAGAUGUGACCAGGAUGAUACACAGACAUCCUAAAAGACUGACA